AAAAAAGAUAAACUCUAUAAGCAGUUCAUUAAUUCUAGGGACUCAACUACUGAGUUAAAAUACAAACGCUAUCGGAACAAACUGAAUCAUCUUAUAAAAAUUGCUAAACGAAAGUACUAUGAUAUAAAAUUUGAGAAGGCUAAAAAUAACCUGAAAGAAACUUGGAAACUAAUCAAUGAUGUAAUCAACAAACCGAGCAGAAAAGCAGCUCUGCCAAAUUCCUUUUUCUCUGAUGGAAAACUGUUAAAUGAUCCACAAGAAAUAGCUAACUGCUUUUGUAAGUUCUUCACCAACAUAGGUCCGAAUUUAGCAAGGAAAAUUCCAGACACACAAGUAUCUUUUCGUAGUUUUCUUGGCGCUUCUGUUAAUGAGUCGCUUAUCUUAAAUCCAACUAAUAUUUCGGAACUAAAUCAAAUAUGCAACUCUUUUAAAUCUGGAAAGUCGCCUGGAUAUGAUAACGUUUCAAUGGAUAUAAUAAAAAGCACCUUUGAUCUCAUUUCUCAGCCUUUGGCCAAUGUAAUCAAUUUGUCUCUUAUUAAAGGAGUAUUUCCUGAUGAACUGAAAAUUGCUAAACUGAUUCCGGUAUUUAAAGCUGGUGAUUCCCAGUAUUUCACUAACUACCGUCCAAUUUCGCUUCUUUCUAAUUUUUCUAAAUUCUUUGAAAGAGUUAUGCACAAUCGUAUUACAAAUUUUUUAGAUCGUUUAGAUAUCUUAUACUGUUGCCAAUUUGGAUUUCGUAAAAAAUAUUCUACAGCGCUGUCUUUAAUUCAUCUUAUUAAUAAAAUUGCAACUGCUAUUGACAGAAGCGAAUAUACAGUUGGCAUAUUCUUAGACUUAUCAAAAGCAUUUGAUACUUUAGACCAUCAAAUACUCUUGUCUAAGCUUGAGCAUUAUGGGAUUCAUGGGCUAGCACUUAGCUGGUUGAAAAGCUAUUUGUCAAAUCGCGUGCAGUUUGUCCAGUACAAAGAGACUUGUUCUAUUAGGCUGACUCUGAGCUGUGGAGUCCCUCAAGGUUCUAUAUUAGGACCAUUAUUGUUUGUUUUGUAUAUCAAUGACCUCCCUUGUGCUACUCGUCUUGCUGAAACUAUGCUUUUUGCAGAUGAUACUAGUGUGUUUUAUUCUAAUCCCGAUUUAAAUUGUGCUAUUUCUGCCGUAAAUAAUGAUUUAUCUCAAAUUGAUCUUUUUAUGAAAGCAAAUAAGCUCUCUGUUAACAUAACGAAAACUAAUUAUAUCAUUUUUGCAGCAAGGCAAAAACCAGUCGGCUUCCCAAUAAAUCCUGUCUUGUACGAUGAGGUUUUAUUAAAACAAGUAAAGGUAGUUAAAUUUUUAGGGGUUUUUAUCGACGAGCAUCUAACGUGGAAGCCGCAUAUUACUUAUAUAUGUAAGAAAAUUUCAAAAUCUAUUGGCGUCAUGUUUAGGUCUCGUUUCUUUCUUUCUGAAACAACAAAAAGUCUCUUUAUUAUACCUUAAUUUAUCCUUAUUUAACAUAUUGUACCACAGUUUGGUCCUCCACUUAUGUAACAAACCUUAAUAGAAUUUUUCUUCUACAAAAGCGAGCAGUACGAAUUAUUACAAAUGCAGAUUUUCGCGCGCACUCUGAACCAUUAUUUUUCCGUUUAAAGAUUUUGGACAUAUACAACAUUAAUUCAUUCUAUACUGCACAAUUUAUGUUUUCAUAUUAUCAUCAAUUACUGCCACCGCUUUUUUCGAACCUUUUUGUUACUAGUAGCAAUAUUCAUAAUUAUAAUACUAGAAGUUCCUCGCAUUUCCGUUCUCAUGCCUGCCGAACUAACACCAAACAAUUUUCUAUUUUGUUCCAAGGCCCUAAAAUUUGGAAUUCUUUACCAAACUCAGUCACUUCGAUUUUUACAUUGCAAUCGUUUAAAACGAAAGUUUUUGAUUUUCUACUAUAUCGAUAA